AUGUUUUUACUACUAAGAAACUAGUUGAUUUUACGAAAUGACCGCUAACGAGGGAAAAUUUUCCGAUACGGCCCCUGUCAUAUGUGCGGCUGGAAAAGUUUUUGUGGAUCCAGAAAAUGUAGGAACUCGUAUGAAAAAUUAUCCUCUUGAUGAUAAAAUAAAUGCUCUUAAGCAUGACGCUACUAUUUUUGAAGAACAAAGAACUCCUUUUAUCUACAGGCAACCUCAUCUUGAAAAUACACGACAUAAAGGAAUCUAUACAGAAUCUCGGGCCAUUUUAAGACCACCCCAAACUACAAGUUAUCAAUUAUUUUUAAAUGAACUCAGAGAAUCUACGUACGAUUCAACAUGGAAUAAGAUAGUAGGGAAGCCGAGGGAUCCAUUUAAAGGAAUUCCGUCAGGACUUCCUUCAAAAAUGGACCCCGUACAUAAAAUUACUUUAGGGAAAGCUUCAGUGAAAGAUGUACCCGCUGGAGUAUUGGUAAAUCCACCAAAAAGUCCAAGAACGGUGUGCUGCGAAAGUCACAUCGGUCACGACUUGUACAAAAAAAGUCAUGGUGAUUAUUACCCUGCUGAACAAAUUGAUAGAGGGUAUAAACAGCCUGCCUAUAAUCCGGACAAACGAUAUGGUAUCAAAACAACAUACGAUCCAAGAGGAAUUUGGGUGAAAUGUGCAUCAACAUGGUUUGAUACCAAACCUGUCAUACCCGUUCAUACAUCACAAGCUAAGGUUCGCGAACGCAUGAAACCUCAACUUGGAAGAUAUAUGGAACCAUGUGAAAAUAAUAAAAGUGUUCCACGAGGUUUUAUGUAUGGAAAACCGUGUAAAAGGGAACUAUAUGGAAUGGAGGAACUUCUGAAAGAUGCCGAUCGUCCACCGUGUAUUUUCAAAAGGGAUUAUCAUGACUGGAUAGAACACUUAAAUCAAAUACGAAGAAAUGUUAAAAAAAGGAGCAAUGAGUUUGGAUUUGAUCUGAGAAGUUUUAAAAAUAGAAUAGCUUAUUAUGAUAAGGAAGCAACAGGUUGGACGAGUUUAGAAUUCCUUUACGAAAUGUGCAAGUGUUACAAAAUAAAUUUCGAUCACAGCCUUUUUGAGCCAUUAAUGGAACUGUGCGGGGUACUCAAAAAUGGUCGCAUAAAUUACGACACUUUCAUAGAUCUCAUUGAUAUAAACAAAGCGGUUCCAGAACUUGUGAAAAUUAAUGAUAUUCCCAAAAAGAAUCAGUAUUACACCACAACAUAUCAAGCAAUGCAUUGCGACUUUUUGAAAACUGAACUUUCAGAUAAGCCACCUGCUGGUCUACCAAGCGUUCGUUUUGAUCGUCCCGAAGGCGUAGUCAAAGCCUGCCAAUGUAAAGCAGAUUUAGAAAAUUUAGGAGAUGAAAUGUCUGCAGCAUCCUUGUUGAAUCCCAGUGUAUACACUAAUUCUGGUCUCUCACACAGAGAUCUCCUCACUCCAAUUAAACCGGAGAAAAUGAAAUUACUUUUCGAAAAUCUUGGAUACAAAUUUCCUGACGAUUCGUUUCAAAAAAUAUGGCAAAAGGGGGUUGAACGUGAUGGAACUGGUUUAGUAUGUAUCGACACUUUUCUGGAACUAUUGAAAAAAUGCCUUCCUUCUCCAAUUCUUGUUGAAGAAAAUCCAGAAAAAGAUUGUAGUACUUUUGUUCCAAAAGAAAAAAUAACACUGUGAACUAUUCUAGAAAAAAAUGUCAUAUAUUUACAAAUGCUUUAGAUACUACAAGCCUGAUAAAUAUAUAUAUGUAAUUUUUA